CACCAGUUCACACCGAACACUGUACUGAACAUACCUCACCAGUCACCAGCUCACCUCCCGACCUGUGCUGUCGGCCUCUGUCCCGCAACGGGUAGCAUUUGAAUCCUCCUCCGAUUCUCCCCGAAUCGCCGCCGCCCUGGCGCACCCAAUGCCGGCGCCCUCCCCGCUCCGCCUCCUGGUCCUCGCCCCCAUCCUCCUGCUCCUCGCCCCGCGCGCGUCCGCCGCGGGGGCGGCGGUCGGGGUGAGCGGCGGGGGUCAGCUGUGGUGCGUGGCCAAGAACAACGCCGAGGACGGCGCGCUGCAGAGCGCCAUCGACUGGGCGUGCAGCGCCGACGGCGGCCGCGCCGACUGCGCCGCCAUCCAGCAGGGCGGCGCCUGCUACAAUCCGCCCGACCUCCAGCGCCACGCCUCCUACGCCUUCAACGACUACUUCCUCCGCGCCGGCGGCGGCGCCAGCCCCGCCGCCUGCGACUUCUCCGGCGCCGCCGCGCUCACCGCACUGAACCCCAGUUAUGGAAGCUGCGUGUUUCCUUCCAGCACUUCCCCCAAAAAUGGCAGCUUCACAGGAACAACAACCUACGGUUCCAGUGGUACAGAAUUAGGUUACAAUUCUUCGUGGAAACCCAACUCCUGGUCGUGGCUCUCACAUAUCUCUUUAUCAUUAAUUCUUUUGUUUGUCACACAUUUGUGACGAGUUUUCUUAAAAUCUUGUUUGCAAGUAUGAUGAACUAUGAAGCUUCUGGAAUGCAAUUGGUUUUCUUUAUAGCUGCUGCUUUGCUUUGGGAGGCUGCGGAAGAGGGAAGAUAAAAAGGGAUCUCCGCGCCUCCUUGGUUUCAUUUAGUUCCUCCAGUUCUGCUUUGACUGGCCUUUUGUGUUAAUCGUGGAUUCAUUAUAGCAUUGUUGGUGAUUUCUUUGACCUGGUGUCUUGUCUUUCACCGCGUCCACAGUGUACAUGCUGACACUGGAAAGCAUUCUCUGCUCUGAAAACAA